UCCCUCACUCUCCUCCCCCAACAUCUCCUCCCCCAACAUCUCCUCCCCCUCUCCCGUCAUCGCUACCGUGUCUUUCCAUUACAUCUUCUUCUUUUCCCACUGCUGACCCUCCCUUCCCCCCGUUUUCUUUGUUUCUCACACCCGAGAGAGCUCGUAUCCGCCACUAUGAGGUACGGUGCCCCCCUCUCGCUGCUGGCGGCGCUGGCGACAGCCUCACCUGUCAUGAACGUGGGUACGAUCCAUAACGACGCUGCCCCUGUUUUCUCCUCGACUCAGGCAAAGGAGAUCCCCAACUCGUACAUGGUCGUGUUCAAGAAGCACCUCAAGCACGAGGACGCCAAGAGUCAUCACAACUGGGUGCAGAGCAUCCACACGGCGAGCCAGAACGAGCGCAUGGAGCUCCGGAAGCGCUCGCAGUUCCCUGUCACGACCGACAUAUUCGAGGGUCUUAAGCAUACAUAUAACAUUGUCGGUAGUCUGAUGGGCUACUCUGGCCACUUCGACGACGAGACUAUCGAGCAGAUCCGGAGGCACCCUGAUGUCGAUUAUAUCGAGAAGGACUCUGAGGUCCACACCAUGGAUGGCAAGGAGUCCUAUGAGACAGAGAAGAACGCGCCUUGGGGUCUCGCCCGUAUCUCGCAUCGUGACAGCCUGAGCUUCGGAACGUGGAAUAAGUACCUAUACUCUGCCGAUGGCGGCGAGGGCGUCGAUGUCUAUGUCAUCGACACUGGCACCAACACCAAGCACGUUGACUUCGAGGGUCGCGCCCACUGGGGCAAGACCAUCCCCGCCAACGACGCCGAUGAGGAUGGUAAUGGUCACGGCACCCACUGCUCCGGGACGGUUGCUGGCAAGAAGUACGGUGUCGCCAAGAAGGCCAACGUCUACGCCGUCAAGGUGCUCCGCUCCAAUGGCUCUGGCACCAUGUCGGAUGUCGUCAAGGGUGUCGAAUACGCUGUCCAGGCACACAACGAGGCUGUGGAAGCCGCCAAGAAGGGUAAGAAGAAAGGCUUCAAGGGCAGCGCCGCGAACAUGAGCUUGGGAGGUGGCAAGUCCACCACCCUCGACUUGGCUGUUAAUGCUGCUGUUGACGCUGGUAUUCACUUCGCCGUCGCCGCCGGUAAUGACAACGCCGACUCGUGCAACUACUCCCCCGCUGCUGCUGAGAACGCCGUCACUGUCGGUGCCUCCACCCUUCUUGACGAGCGUGCGUACUUCUCCAACUACGGAAAGUGCAACGACAUCUUUGCCCCAGGUCUUAAUAUCCUCUCCACUUGGAUUGGAUCUGAACACGCAACCAACACUAUCUCCGGCACUUCUAUGGCUUCUCCUCACAUUGCUGGUCUUUUGGCCUACUUGCUCUCUCUUCAACCCGCCAAGGACUCUGCCUACGCAGUCGCCGACAUCACCCCCAAGAAGCUUAAAGCUAAUUUGAUCUCCAUCGCCACCGAGGGCGCCCUAUCUGAUGUCCCCAGCAACACCAAGAACAUCCUCGCCUGGAACGGCGGUGGCUCCUCCAACUACACUGACAUUAUCAGCAGGGGUGGCUACGCUGCCUCCAAGUCCAUCCAGGAGGAAGAGGAUGACGUCAUCACCAUCACCAUCCCCUCCCUCUCCAAGUUUGAGGAGGAGGCUUCGGCUGAGUGGGAGAAGGCCAUCGAAUCAUCUUUCGGCCGCAAGGUCACCAAGAGCGGAUCCCGUCUCCAGGGCAAGAUCGAAAAGCUUGCAGCUGAGAUCGAGGACUUCGUCACCGACGAGAUGGAGGAGCUGAUGCAGGAGGUCAUGGAGCGUGUGGAGUCUGCUCGCGAGUAAAGCACCUCGCAUCACGUAUUUGCAAUCUGCUUGUGCUUGUGCUCUGGCUAUGGUGUGGUACUGGGAGCGUCGAUACCCUGCUAUCUUCGCAUUUGUGCAUAUUGAGGGAAGCUAGUCAUUAUACACAGAUAUUACCGCUUCGUAGCAUGUGUCUUAUCAUCGGUUGAUUGAUCGGCUGACUGGCAUGGCUUGGCUUGGGAUUGGGCGCUGGAUCACAAUUGAGGCAUUUCAUACAUGUAUUUCUUUUCUUUGUGAGGAUUCAUUUCCGUGUGGAAGUCGUAGUGAUCUCUGAAGCAUCUCCCGGAUAAAUAGAAAGGCGGAGAAGCAUUGGUAAAUGAAUCUCUGUUUCUCUCC